AAUCUAAAUUUAAACGUCAAACACAUUACAACAUACACACACACAUUAAUUAAUUUGUUCGUUUGAUUAAAAUACAAAAUUACUAUGCGACCAGCCGAUAUUAUCCGUGUCUUAUCGCGUUUUAUCGUGUUUUUCGCUGUCAACUUUUACUUACUGUACCGGCGAAAAAACGGCGCCCAAAACCAAAAAGAAGGCCCCAACUGAAAGAUGGCAACAUUCAUGAGGAGCCACAAGGCUCACAGAUCCAGGAAGAGGAGAAAGCUGAUGAAGGGGAAGAGCCAGAGGAAGAGGAAGAGAAAGAAGUGGUGGAGCGGCAGCAGGCAAGCCGCAAGAGGGACGAUAUUUUUAACUGCGAUAUAUUGUCUGAAUUUAGUCGAACCAGUACCAUCUUUACUAGAAUUCACCAUCUCUAAAUUAUCUGAACUUGCGCGAACAUGUUGGAUUUUGUUUUUGUUUGUUGAUUUUUAUAUUCCAAUACCGUCAGUCUGAGAAAUAUAAGGUUGCAAAUUUCAUAUAAUACAAUACCAAAAAUUCGAAAAAGCCCCCAGCUGCAGAAUGGAAUGUGCAAUUUGUGCGGAAGCCCCAAGAAAAUACAAAUGCAACAAGUGUAUGGCUCCCUAUUGUUCAGUUAAGUGCUACAAGGUCCACAAGGACUCUGUGGAAUGCACGGCAGCUCAGCAAGCAGCGGCUUCGAAGAAAGAAGACUCACAAAAGAUUAUCGAUGAAGAACCCACGCUGCACGCCCCGUUCCCCAGCGAUGACACUGUGCCGCCAGAGAAGCUGCAGGAGCUAAAUACCUGCGAACCACUGCGCCAGCUACUCCGCAAUCCGCACCUACGGGAUCUUCUCAAACAGAUUGAUGUUGCACACAACAUCCAGUUGGCCAUGACAGCGGCCAUGCAGGAGCCGCUCUUCCUCGAAUUCGCUGACGCUUGCAUGCAGAUCGUGGAGCCCAUGUCCCAAGCCGAGCGCGACGAAUACAAACUAUGCUCUUAAAAUUCGCAGUGAGAUCGCUUGUGAUAAACUAAUAAGUCUUUAUUUAAAUGUAUAUUAAUACGUCGGUAUAUUUGUGGAUAAGUUUGGCUAUAAACAUGACACAUGCCAUGAAGGCAUGGACACGA